CUUCCACUCGACGGCCUCUUCUCUUUCUUUUUUUUUUUUUUUAGCGUUGCUUCUACCAACACUUUGCCGUCUACAGCUGCAGUCGAUUUCCUAGUUCUGGAGAAAUACCCUGCGCUUACAAUGUCGGCGAAAGUUCCCAGGAAUUUCAGACUCCUCGAAGAGUUGGAGAAGGGUGAGAAGGGUCUGGGAGCAGAGGCAUGCUCGUACGGUCUUGCGGAUGGAGAGGAUAUGAUGAUGAGCAACUGGAACGGAACAAUCCUCGGCCCUCCUCAUAGCGUUCAUGAGAACCGGAUAUAUAGUGUCAACAUCCACUGCGGUGCCGAUUACCCUGACAACCCUCCCUCGAUCCAAUUCAUCUCGCGUGUCAACAUCCCAUGCGUUGACCAACGAAGUGGAAAGGUUGAUCCUACCAAGCUGCCCUGUCUUGCUCAAUGGAAGCGUGACUACACCAUGGAGACUGUUCUACUCGAACUCAGAAGAUAUAUGGCUUUGCCGCAACACAGAAAGCUGCCUCAGCCGGCUGAAGGCUCCAAUUUUUAAGUCUCUCCUUUUCAUGCAUAGUUUAGAAAAUCACGAACGUGGAGUAUUGCGGUUGGUUUUGCUAUUUGUUUCUUUCUCUGUUAACAUUGCUAGAGCGUAUUUAGUCUAUGCAUACCGGCAGGCAUCGGCGCGGUUUCUUCAUUAGUGUACGGCUUCUUUCGCAACCUUUUCUUAUGCCGCGAUGACUUUAUAGUGCUUCCCAGUACCAAAAGUUACUAGUAUGCCAGUAAACACCAGUAGAUAUAGGUUUAAAAUCUACAAGUAUUUUUAUCACGUGACAUGUCUGGGG